GCCUGUGUGAGGACCAGUAUUUACAUCCAGGACUGAGUGUGGCUGCAGGUGGACUCAGGCCAGCAGUGAGACAGCAGUAAGGAUGGGAAGAGGAGGCCAGCUCAAAGAGACCGACAGAGAGACUGUCAGUGAGAAAACUGGAGGUGUGUACACCUGGGAGCAGGUGCAGAGCCACACCAGCAAGAAUGAUCAGUGGCUGGUCAUCGAUCGGAAGGUCUACAACAUCACCAAGUGGGCCAAGAGACAUCCAGGAGGCUUCCGGGUCAUCAGCCACUACGCAGGAGAAGAUGCUUCGGAGCCGUUCUCUGCUUUUCAUCCCGAUCCAAAGUUUGUGCAGAAGUUCCUGAAGCCUCUGCUGAUCGGAGAGUUGGCGGAAACAGAGCCCAGCCAGGACCGGAGCAAAAACGCAACGAUCAUGCAGGAUUUUAAAGCUCUGCGAGCGCAGGUGAAGAAGCAGGGCCUGUUUGACGCUCGGCCCUCGUUCUUCCUCCUCCACCUGGGCCACAUCCUGCUGCUGGAGGUUCUGGCCUAUCUCAUCCUCCUGCAGUGGGGCACCGGCUGGACGCUCACGUUGCUCUGCUCGGUCAUGCUGGCCACUGCUCAGGCGCAGGCUGGUUGGCUGCAGCAUGACUUUGGCCAUUUAUCCGUUUUCAAGAAGUCCAAGUGGAAUCACAUUGUGCACAAGUUUGUGAUCGGUCAUUUAAAGGGUGCUUCAGCGAACUGGUGGAACCACAGACACUUCCAGCAUCACGCCAAGCCCAACACCUUCAUGAAGGACCCCGACAUCUACAUGUUGGACAUCUUCGUACUCGGAAAGACUCAACCAGUGGAGUACGGCAUGAAGAAGAUCAAGACCAUGCCCUACAACCACCAACACAAGUACUUCUUCUUUGUGGCGCCGCCGCUGCUCAUCCCCGUUUUCUACAACUUCAACAUAAUGAAAACCAUGAUCAGCCGCCGGGACUGGGUGGAUCUGUCUUGGGCCAUGACAUUCUACCUUCGCUACUUCUACUGUUACGUACCGCUCUAUGGCGUGUUUGGCUCGAUUGCAUUUUACUUGUUUAUCAGGUUUCUGGAGAGCCACUGGUUUGUGUGGAUGACUCAGAUGAGUCAUCUGCCGAUGGAGAUCGAUCAUGAGAAGCAGCAGGACUGGCUGACCAUGCAGCUACAAACCACCUGUAACGUUGAGCAGUCCUUCUUCAACGACUGGCUGAGUGGUCACCUCAACUUCCAGAUCGAACACCAUUUGUUUCCCACGAUGCCGCGCCACAACUACUACCUGGCGGCCCCACAGGUCCAGCAGCUGUGUGAGAAACACGGGAUCCCUUAUCAGAUGAAAACAAUGUGGCAAGGACUGGUUGAUGUCGUCAAGUGCCUCAAAACCUCAGGGGACCUCUGGCUCGAUGCUUAUCUUCAUAAAUGAUUAACUGUUUUAUUCAUGAGAAGUAAAGCGACAGUAGUAAUGGCAAUCUCUCUCUCUCUGCAUCCUAAAUUGAUUGUAUCUUUUCAGACUAGUUUAUAUUAUGGAGAUUACCCUCCCUCGUUAUUGACAUUGAAGUGGUGUCUGUGUUUAGUUUGCAGAUUUGCAGUUUUUUAGGGCUCAGAGAAUAUUUUCAUGAAUAUUCUCAGAGUAUAUUGAUUAUACAGCAGUGUGAUGUUCUCAAGAAGACUGUGGCGAGGUACUGCUAAUUAUUUCAAAUGAAUAAUCCUUUUUUUAUGCUUUGAUACUGUUUAAAUGAAUAAAAUGACAAUUCCGCUGUCAUUUCUCAAACCCAGUGUAAUUGAGAGCUUAGUUUGUUAAUUCAGAUUUCUUCUGUCAAACAUGUAACUUCUGCAGUUACACUUUUUCUGCCUUUUCUGCCUAUAAUAAAGAAACGUUGUUGAUCAUUUUUGUA